GUUAUACCUGAUCAAUUCUCCUGUGGUAAGGGCAGAAAAUCUGAGAUUUAAGGAGGAAGGAGUAAGGGAUAUACUGAAGGACGUCUUCCUGCCCUGGUACAACGCGUAUCGCUUUCUUGUGCAGAAUGUUCAGAUCCUGCAGCAUAAGGACGAGGGAAGAGAAUUCCUUUACAAUGAGAACACAGUUAAGGAGAGCAAUAACAUCAUGGAUAAAUGGAUUCUUUCUUUCACCCAGUCACUCAUUCAGUUCUUCAAAGCUGAAAUGGCAGCCUACAGGCUGUACACUGUAGUGCCUCGAUUAGUGAAGUUUGUUGAUAUCCUGACCAACUGGUACGUCAGAAUGAAUCGCAGAAGACUGAAGGGUGAGAACGGGACUGAAGACUGCAUUAUGGCCUUGGAAACCUUGUUCAGUGUUUUGUUCUCCAUGUGCAGACUUAUGGCACCGUAUACUCCAUUUAUCACUGAGCUGAUGUACCAGAAUCUGAAGACACUUAUUGAUCCGGCAUCGGUUCAGGAAAAGAACACUGAAAGCAUCCACUACCUCAUGCUUCCCCAAGUCAGGGAGGAUCUCAUCAACAAAAAAAUUGAAAGUGCCAUUUCUUGUUUGCAGUCUGUGAUUGAGCUUGGACGAGUAAUCAGAGACAGAAAAACCAUUCCAGUAAAGUAUCCUUUGAAGGAAGUAGUCGUCAUCCAUCAGGAUCCAGAGGCUCUGGAAAACAUCAGAUCUUUAGAGAAGUACAUCCUCGAGGAACUGAAUGUCCGUCAAGUGACGCUAUCCACUAAUAAAGAUAAAUACGGAGUCCGGCUGAGAGCAGAACCAGACCACAUGGUGCUUGGGAAGCGUUUGAAAGGUGCCUUUAAGCCCGUUAUGGCUGCAAUCAAAGAGCUGAAGAGUGAGCAGCUGGAGAAAUUCCAGGAGACAGGCACCAUUGUGGUGGAAGGACACGAACUCCACGGGGAAGAUCUGCGCCUCAUGUACACCUUUGAUCAGGUGGCAGGAGGAUCUGCCCAGUUUGAGGCACAUUCCGAUGCUCAGGUUUUAGUUCUGCUGGAUGUUACCCCAGACCAGUCCAUGGUGGAUGAAGGAGUUGCCCGGGAAGUGAUUAAUCGCAUCCAGAAGCUUCGCAAAAAGCGAAAUCUGGUUCCUACAGAUGAGAUCGUGGUGUACUACAGAUCACAUCCAGAAGGUGACUAUCUGGAUACGGUUAUUAAGGAACAUACGGAUUUCAUUUUUGCAACAAUAAAGGCUGCCCUGAAACCUUACCCAGUGCCUACCUCCAAAGAAGUUCUCAUCCAGGAAACAACUCAACUGAAGGGAUCAGAGCUAGAGAUUACUCUCGUCAGAGGUGGUUUGUGUCAGUGUGUCGGUCCAGCCUGUGCCUACGUGAACCUCAAAGUCUGUGUCAACGGGACAGAGCAAGAUGGUGUGCUGCUGCUGGAAAACCCAAAAGGAGAUAACACUUUGAACUUCGCUGGACUGGUAGAUGCUGUCUCCUGCAUUUUUGGUCUUAAAACUUCAAAACUGACAGUUUUUAAUGGAAAAACAGAACUGCUAAACAAAACUGACUUGCUUAGUCUCAGCGGAAAGACUCUACAUGUGACAACAGGGCCAGCACCUGCUCUGCUCAGCUCUCCUGAUGCUCUGCUCUGCCAGUAUAUCAACUUGCAGUUAAUGAAUGCAAAACCACAGGAAUGUCAGAAAGGAACAGUGGGAACUCUUCUCAUGGAGAACCCUGUCGGUCAGAAUGGAUUAACGUACCAAGGUCUUCUACGUGAAACAGCAAAAGUUUUUGGGCUCAGAAGCAGGAGGCUAAAAUUGUUCCUGGAUGAAGCACAAACUCAGGAGAUCACAAAGGACAUCUCCAUGAAGAACUUGAACACGAAGACUCUGUAUGUUUGUGUUAUACCCACCACAGCUGAAUGUUGAGAAUUCCAUUUUUAUGAAUAAGACCACGUAGACUUUUUUUCCCACCAAAAAAUGAAGUCAAAUUAAAUUAGUAUGCUUUUAGAUUAACAUCCAAGCUGUGUAUGGUACUUUUAACAUCUCAGAUUGCACACAGGAUGUUUUCUACCAGUGCAUGUCUAAUAUGCUGCUUUUUGGUUUCAAAUACAAUGUAUUUUCAUUAUGUUACCUUAUGAUGCUGUAAAAGCUGUUUAGAAAAAUGUCAGAACUCCUUAACCUUAGAUAUCUAUGCAGUAAUUUGCCUGAAAAAAAAAAUGGGACUAGUACCUCAGUGAAGUUGUUCUCUGCCUGUCCUUUACGCAGAGGGCAUCUUUGAUUUUCUAAACCAUGGGUUACCUGCAAGGCUCUAUGAUACAUGCAGACCGUGUUACAAUAGCUUUGAAACUUAUUUAAGGGUUUCCCAGAUGUGUUCAUUCAUGCUAGCUGGAUUUUCAUGAAGUGUGUGGCUGUUGAUUUAAAAUACUCCCUAAUUUCAACACUUGGAACAAUAAAUUUGCUUCAUCUCCAAA